GUGGAUGGGACCCUGUUGACGUCGGCGCACGACUUGCAUCCCAUCACGACUCGCGCGGUACAGGACGCUGUGGAAGCCGCCUUUUCGCCCGUGCAUCCAUUAUUAUACGUCUUCCCCGCGACGGGAAAGUCCCGACAAGGAGCCCUCGACAGUCUCGGUCCGGAACUUGGUCCAUUAUUCGCACAGUGUCCCGGCGUCUUUAUUCAAGGACUGUACGUCGUCGACGCCGCGGGCAACGUCAUUUACGAAGAAAAAUUGUCGUUGGACGAAGUAGCCGCCGUCGAGAAACUUGCACAGGAACUUGACGUAUCUGUCUUUGGAUACGACGGUGAUACCAUGUUUUGCAGCAAGCAUACGAAAUCCUCACACAUUCGAGAUUUUCACGCCAAAUACGGGGAACCCAAAGCCACCGUCCUGGAGUCCCUCACGUCACACAAAGUCAGCUUUCACAAGUGUUUACUCAUGGACGACAACGUCGACAUGCUCAGUGACAAAGUGCGACCUCGGCUUGAAGAAUUAGCGCGACAGUACAGCGCGGAAGUCACACAGGCUGUCCCAACCAUGCUCGAAGUAUUGCCGUCCGGUUGUUCGAAGGCACUCGGGGUUGAAAAAUUGUGCGAUCAUCUCGGUCUGUACAUGCACGCUGAUUUGCUCGCCAUUGGUGAUGCCGAGAACGACGUCGGCAUGCUACGAAAGGCGGCUGUGGGGAUUGCCGUCGGCAACGCUGUACCAACUGCACAAGGCGCGGCCAGUGUCGUGUUGGACGAAACCAAUGAUCAAGGUGGUGCCGGUAUCGCCAUGGAACUUUUCGGUCUCGGCAAACUGCUGUAA